GAGGUUUUUAUGGUCACAGGAUGCCCGCUGAGUUCUAGAGAUGGACUUGGGCAGGAGGAACCCCCAAGCCAACGCGCUCAGCCCUUGUUUUCCCCCCCAUCAGGAUUUGUCCUUCCCAAAGCUUGGGCGGAUGGAGGAGGAGGCUGCGAGGAAGAGGAAGAUGCCUUGGGCCCCCCAGGCAGGUGAGGAGGAAGUCAGUGUCCCUUUGGGCGGGUGUUGUGCUGGCUCUGUCAGCCGAGCAUGGCCCCGGCUGCAGGACAACCCCGCUGGCGCCGCCGUCCUGCCGGGGCCGGAGUUGGGGGGAUGUCCUUGGUCUUCCCUGUGGGCCGGAGGCAAAUCCCCUGCCUGUCCUUGUUGCUUCCUGCCCCAGGCCCCGAGCUGAGGACGGAGAGCCCGGAGGACAAAUCCCCCCGUGAGACCCUGGUGGGAGAGGCUGUUUUGAAGGGCUCCACGGUGCAGGAAGGCAGCGGGGAGGAAAAGGGCCGGAGAUCCCCCCGCAGGAGGGGCUCCAAAGCCAUCCCAGGGUGCUCUGAGGAGGAAAGACCCAGCCUGUGCCAGGAAGGUGGCAGGAACUUGAGCAGGAACUCCAAGGUCGUGGUCCCAAGGCAACCUCCCACUAGAAAGAAACCCUUCAGGUGCUUGGAAUGUGGGAAGAGUUUCAGGAACAGCUUCCACCUGAUCCGGCACCAGCAGAUCCACACAGGGAAACGGCCCUACAUGUGUAGGGAAUGUGGGAAGAGCUUCAGAGACAGCUCUGAUCUCCUCAGCCACCAGCGCACCCACAGUGGAGAACGGCCCUACACAUGUGAGGAGUGUGGGAAGAGCUUCAGUGACAGCUCCAACCUCCGCACCCACCAGCACAUCCACAGUGGGGAACAGCCCUACACGUGUGGGGAAUGUGGGAAGAGCUUCAGGCAGAGCUCCACUCUCCGCUCCCACCAGCGCAUCCACACUGGGGAACGACCCUACAAGUGCUUGGAAUGUGGGAAGAGGUUUAGCACCAGCUCCAAUCUCUACACGCAUGAGCGGACGCACACGGAUGAGAGGCCCUUCCACUGCACCGACUGCGGGAAGGGCUUCAACCAGAACUCCACCCUCGUCAGGCACCGGCGCACCCACACCGGGGAAAGGCCCUACACUUGUAGGGAGUGUGGGAAGAGCUUUGCCCAGAGCUCUACCUUGACCUCACACCAACGGACCCACCGCAGGGAGAAGCCCUUCAGGUGCUUGGAAUGUGGGAAGAGCUUCAGGCAAAGCAACACCCUCCUCACCCACCAGCACAUCCACACUGGGGAACGGCCCUACAUAUGUAGGGAAUGUGGGAAGAGCUUCAGGAACAGCUCACACCUCUAUAUCCACCAGCGCAUCCACACCGGGGAACGGCCCUACAAGUGUGGGGAAUGUGGGAAGAGCUUCAACCAGAGCUCCUCCCUCCCCACCCACCAGCGCAUCCACACUGGAGAACGGCCCUACAAGUGCUUGCAAUGUGGGAAGAGGUUUAGCACCAGCUCCAAUCUCCUCCUGCAUGAGCGGACACACACGGAUGAGAGACCCUUCCGCUGCGCCGACUGCGGGAAGGGCUUCAAGAUGAACUCCAACCUCAUCACCCACCGGCGCAUCCACACGGGGGAGAGGCCCUACAAGUGUCCAGAGUGUGGGAAGAGCUUCACCUGGAAUUCUGCCUUGACCUCACAGCAGCGGACCCACCACAGGGAGAAACCCUUCAGGUGUUUGGAAUGUGGGAAGAGCUUUAGGAGGAGCACCAACCUCCUCACCCACCAGCACAUCCACACUGGAGAACAUCCGUACACGUGUGGUCAAUGUGGAAAGAGCUUCAGGAGCAACACCACUCUGAUCCAGCACCAGAUUAUCCACAGUGCGGAAAGGCCUUGCAGAUGUGGGGAGUGUGGGAAGAGCUUCAGGCAGAGCUCCAGCCUCUGCAUCCACCAGCGCAUCCACACUGGGGAACGGCCCUACAUGUGUGGGGAAUGUGGGAAGAGCUUCACUGACAGCUCCAACCUGAUCCGACACCAGCGUAUCCACACCAUGGAACGGCCCCACACAUGUGGGGAAUGUGGGAAGAGCUUCAUGCGAAAAUCCCACCUCUUCACCCACCAGCGCUUGCACACUGGGGAACGGCCCCACACGUGUGGGGAGUGUGGGAAGAGCUUCAAUGACAGCUCUGGCCUCCAUGUGCACCGUCGCAUUCACACCGGGGAACGACCCUACAAGUGUGUUGAGUGUGGGGAAAGCUUCAGGACCAGCUCCAGCCUCCGCUCUCACCAUCUCAUCCACAGCGGGGAACGGCCCUACAAGUGCUUGGAAUGUGGGAAGGGGUUUCAGACCAGCUCAGAUCUCUUGAAGCACAAGCCGACACACACAGGGGAGUGGGCCUUCCACUGCACCUACUGCGGGAAGGGCUUCAACCAGAACUCCACCCUUGUCAUACACCGGCGCAUCCACACUGGAGAGAGGCCCUACAAGUGUGGGGAGUGUGGGAAAAGGUUUAAACGCAGCUCACAUGUCAUCCAGCACCAGCGGACACACACGGAUGAGAGGCCCUUCCGCUGCACCGACUGCGGGAAAGGCUUCAACCAGAACUCCGCCCUCGUCCCCGACUGCGGGAAGAACAGUCGCUGCUUCCACCUUGAAUGA